UAGCAACUCACUGUAGCACCCACGGCAGCGACAUCUCCAUUCUCGAGCUCCUCCCCCCCCUCCGGCAAAGUCGCCUCGUCCGGCAUGGCCGCCGCCGCCGCAGCCACGACGCUCGCCCCCGCCUCCCCUCCGCUGCUGCCCGCCGUCCGCGGCAGCCGCGACGGCCGGGUGCGCCUCACCGCACGCCGCGCCGCCGCAUGCCGCUGCAGGGCCACGGCGCAGACGUUCCAGGGGGGUCCCGCCGCCAGCUACGCCCGCGAGAUGGAGCGCCUCUCCGCCAAGGAGUCCCUCCUCCUCGCCUUCAGAGAUGCUGGAGGCUUCGAAUCCUUGGUUAGCGGCAAGACCACGGAGAUGCAGAAGAUCGACGUCAACGAGAGAAUUGUGGGGCUCGAACGCCUCAACCCGACUCCUCGACCCACAACAUCGCCCUAUCUGGAAGGUCGAUGGAACUUUGAAUGGUUCGGCGAUAACAGUCCUGGAGCAUUUGCAGCCCGGAUUUUGUUUGAGAGGUCACCUACAAGUGUCGCACACUUUACGGGACUUGAUGUGGUCAUCAGGGAUGGCUACUCCAAACUUUCAUCGAAUAUCAAGUUGUUCAAUACAAUACAAAACAGAUUCGUACUGACUACUCAACUGUCAGUGGAGGGGCCUAUCAGGAUGAAAGAGGAAUACGUCGAGGGAUUUUUAGAGACCCCUAAAAUAAGUGAGGAAACACUACCUGAGCAACUGAAGGGAUUUCUUGGACAAACUGCAGGAGCUCUACAACAACUUCCUGCUCCUAUAAGGGAUGCUGUUUCGGAGGGGGUUAAGUUACCUCUUAACGGGAUGUUCCAGCGCUUAUUCAUGAUUUCUUACCUGGAUGAAGAAAUAUUGAUUAUCAGAGACGCUGCUGGAGCACCUGAUGUCCUUACCAAACUGGAAGGGCCGCAACCGAAUCUAAUGGAGAACACGCCAGAUGUAGUGGUUCCAGAAUAUCAGAGCUAGUGUCUGGGUACUAAGUGGAACAUUCUGAUUAACUUUUUCAGAUAUACCUUUUCUGAUCGAACAUUUUCCAGGUUUGCACAUACCUAAAAAAAAGUCUAGUGCAUGUUAACAGUCA